CAUUUGAAAUGCCAUUAAAUUCAACCAAAUAUUGUUGAUUCUAAUUUUACAUAAUGGUUUUCUCUCCUAGUGGACAUUCUUCAUUUAUGCUAAAUUCAGGAUGCUCCAUGGAUCAUGGGAAUAUCCUAAAUCUUUGUUUGAUUUCUGUGUUGUCCAUUACCGAAAGUGUACGAGACUAUUUUCAAGAGAAGGACUUGUAUGUGUGUUAUGGGGCUGUUACUUGUGCGUGGUGAAUGGUGCAAGAAACUUUCAGAGUUCAUUUCAUUUCUGGUAUUGUGCUUGUUUACUGUCUCAUUGGUGUUGGAAACUGAGAAGAAUGCUGCAGAACUACCAUGUUUCUUGUACUGUGGACAUCAGUUUUAUAGAAGGGAAAUAACACCUGAAUUGAUGGAUACCACAGAAGGGACAUUUGUAAUGCACAAUGUGUCAAAUAAGGGAGGGGAAUAUACAUUACCAGAUAUAACAUCAGCCCCUGCCCUCCCGCCCCGUAAAGUCUCCCGGUCACAACCUAAUUCAGAUGAGGUUGAGUUGGAAGCAGAAAGGAAGGAGAGACUACCUGACAGUAUGCCAGCCCCUGCAUUGCCUCCACGUAAGGUCUCCUGCCCUCAUCCUCCUACACAACCAGUUGAAUUGGAGCCAGAGAAAGAUAAGACCACUAGUGAGCUCCCCCAGUCACUUCAGGAUGCAGAAUGGUAUUGGGGUAACAUUACACGGGAAGAGGUGAAUGAAAAGUUGAUGGAUACGCCAGAUGGCACGUUUCUGGUACGCAAUGCUUCUAACAAAGGUGGAGAGUAUACAUUAACACUCCGUAAAGGAGGCACAAAUAAGCUGAUCAAGAUCAGUCACCGUAAUGGCAAAUAUGGUUUCUCUGAACCAUUCAAAUUCACUUCUGUUGUGGAGCUCGUAAACCAUUAUCGAACCACAUCACUGGCACAGUACAAUUCAACUUUAGAUAUAAAACUUAUGUAUCCAGUGUCACACCUGCAACAAGAUGAUGAGAUUCCAAGCAUGACUGAUGUGAGCAAUGUAGCACAGAAACUGGUGGAAAUCAAUAAGGAGUACCUGUCCAAAACCAAGACGUAUGAUGAUUACUCAGAAGAUUUCAUGAAUUCAUCACAAGAUAUUCAGCUGAAACAUCAAGCCUUAGAUGCCUUCAGAGGAGCUGUGGCCAUGUUUGAGGAACAGAUACGGAUUCAAGAAAGGUAUCAACGUGAAGCACAGCCCCAUGAAAUUAAGAGUUUGGAAGAAAAUUCAGAUGUGCUCAAGCAACGUUUGCAGUGCUUGGAGGAGAGCCGCAGACAGUUGGAAGAGAAUUUAAAACAAGAGAGAGCUUAUAACCGCUCACUAGAACGUGAGAUGCACUCUCUAAAGCCUGACAUUAUUCAGUUAUUCAAGCAGCGAGAACGUCACCAGGCAUGGCUCAAAUCACGGGGGGUGAAGCAUCAUCGCAUUUCUCAGUUCCUGGCCACAGAUGGAUCUACUCCAUGGGCUUUUGAUGACCUGGACCAAGAUGAUGAAGAUCUUGACAACCUGCCACAUCAGGAUGAGAGAACAUGGCUGCUACCAGAUUGUUCACGCACAGAAGCAGAACGUUUGCUGUUUGGUCAACCUGAUGGCACAUUUUUGGUUCGCCCCAGUCGCACUGGACAAUAUGCCCUGUCCAUAACUUGCAAUGGCACCACAAAUCAUUGCAUAAUUUAUAAAACAGAACGUGGCUAUGGGUUUGCUGAACCUUACAACAUAUAUGAAUCGCUCAAGUUACUGGUGCUUCAUUAUGCACAGAAUUCUCUGGAAGAACAUAAUGAUUCCUUGAAUACAACACUAGUUUUCCCAGUAUUUGCUCAUGCAUAUACACAGGAGGUGACUCAAGCGGCUAGAAUGUUUGGUUAUGUGAUGAAUGUGGUAUAGAAGUUUGGUUUUAUUUUGUGUUUGGUCCCAUGAUUAAGGUACCAAAGUGUGGUUGUGGCUAGUAGUUGUCUUGACCAAAUGACUUUAAGUAAGGAGGAUUGUCUCACAAUAAUUAUUCAGCCAUGAACUUGUCUACUCUUUUAAAUUUUUCAGUCAUUAUUGACUAUGUGGUUCUUAGUUACAGAUAUUUAUAAAACUGUCGGGCCUAAGUUUUAAAAUAGAUGUACUUUUUAAUUUGCCCCUCACAGCGUUUGUAUAACAAUUGCACACAUUGGCUAAGCAGUUCUUAAGUUAGAAGAAUACCUUUUUAUUUUAUUGAGAAUGUUGGGAGUAGCAGUAAUAUUUAAGAAUGUAUUUGGGAAAUGUUCAGUUCAAAUCUUGAUAGAAGUUCUUCGUUGUGUCCAUACAAGUCAUGAUAGUACUUUGAAUUUGAUCAUGACCGCUUCCUUCCACUUCUUUACCUGCUCGCAGUACACGAUUAUCUCCCCAGUACUUUUGAUAAUAUAUAACCUCCGCAGUUAAUAUGUAACACAAUCAAUCUGUUAUCUUGUUGCAUUCCUUUACUGACAAACCACAUAAUGAAGUACAAACAGAGCUGGUAAAUACUUCAUGGAAAUGGAUAUUUUUUUUAAGUAUAUUAGAUUUCAGAAUUGUUGCCAGUUAAGUCAGAAGAAAUCUGUUAGAAUUAAUAUCCACAUAACUAGCAGUGAAAGAUUGUGACAUCCUUUUUAUUUAUUAAACUUCCUUUAUUUCUUCCACCCAGUGGCUGAAGUGCAAUUUUCUUUCCUCCAUCACAGAAUUUUAUAGAUCCAAAACCCUUUUAUUGAAAUUAGAAUUGCAGUCCAAUAAGUAAAACUUGGAGCUUGUACACCUAGAGUGGCAAGCAGUCGCUAAAGGGUUGCGAUCCAAACAUACCAUGAAUAUGAAAAUGACUUGUUUUCUAGACGUUUCACUGUAGUGUUGUAGACACUUACUGAGUGAUGAGUUGCCUUGAUUAUGGAGGCAGUAAGCGCCUCUGACACAUCAGUCAGUUUCUGGGAGACUACAUAAUAGAACAUUCCAGAAGACAUUCAUCUUCAUACUUAUACCAUAAGAACCUGAAAUCUUAUCUACUCAAAUGAAUAAGCAGCAAAUCACAAGAAAGGUUUAAAAAGGAACACUUUCAAUAAAAGGAAAAUGAGCUGGGUAAGAUUUCUUGUUUUGAACCCAAUGCUGCUAUUGAAUAUGAUUACAGAUUAACAAUCUGUUACUGCUUCUAUAAUCUCUGUACCUUGAGAUGUCAUAAAAAUAUCAAGAUUUAUCUAAGAUGGCUGGGGCUUUAUUGAAUAGUUGAUGGUUAUUUAGGUGCACAAGAAAUUCACUGUUAUGGAACCCAGAAGUUCAUUUGUACAUGUUAGACCAUAUCUUGAGCCAGUUCAAUCCAUUUAACAUCUGGGAAUAGAUUUUUGUGAGAUAUCCCACACAAAAUUGAGUACAUAUUAAUAAAACAUGUCCUGCCCAUUUAAUCCUUUCUUGUUCAAUCACCAUGACAAUAUUAGAUGAAGUGCAUAAGUUCUGGAUUAUUUUCUCCAGCUGUCAGAUGAAAAUAUCUCCUCAGAAGUUUUAUUCUGAAACAACUUCAGUCUUUGUUAAAGAGCACUACAUAAACAGAAGUAGUGGAAUGAAGAUAUGCUAUUGCAUAGCAUUAGUAGUACUAACAUCUGAUAUAUGAUCCAGUGUGGUGAUAAGUUUUGUUGUUGGGAAUUUCAUAAUACUAAUGCACUGCAGACAGGAAUUAGUGAUUCUCCCAUUUAUUGGGACUACUUUAAUCAAUUAACAGUUGUUCUUUUAACACAUAAUUUCAUAUCUUGUAGAUGAUUAGUUUUUGUAUAUGCUGAGAAAACCAAGUGUAAUAGCAUUUUUCAUUUUGUAUGAAGAGUACCUUCUAAAGACAAUGUGCAAUCUUGACAGCGUAUUUCAGUAAUUCUUACCGUGUGAUGGACAGAUUUAAAAUCUGUUGUUUGAUUUAAAUGGCAGAAAAGGUGUGACUACAAAUGAUACCAAGAAAAAACAUGAAGUCAACAAGUGGAAUGAUAAGCUUAGAUUAAUUUUUGACAAUGUCUGUCUUAAAAAAAGUAUUUACUCAUCAAAUGUAUGAUCAUCAACUUCAAUUAUUUCUUUUUGAAUUAUCCUGUCAAAUGCAACUUUUAUGUUCUUAAAAUAGGUUUUUUUGAAUUACAUUACCUUCAUUUUAUGCUUCCUAAACCAGGUCUUCCCCUGUUCAAAUAUUUGUAAGAUUUGUAUAUGUAUAUUUCCUUAUUUAAAAUCAUAGCUUUAUAGUGUUUAAUACUAGAGUGUGCAGCAAUUUUAAACAUUACCAUUCUAUUGGCCAUAUUGUACACUGUUGCUAAUGAACCUUUCAGUUCCAUAACAAGUGGGGAAUUUCUUAACUGGUUAAACAUCUGAUCAGCUUCUCCACACAGUUAGAUACACUUUCAUUUGUUUUAUGGUGCUUUCCUUUGUAAUGCCUUAAAGUGUUUAUGAGGGUUAGGAUCAUAUUUCAAAAAAUGGUAUUUGUGCACUUAUGAGCUUUAGUCAAGGUCCCAAGUGUAUGGUAAGCAUAACAGUAAGAAAGCAGGAGAAAAAUACAUACUAUGUAGCUAAUCCAUCAAUAUACACUCAAUCUGUCUUUAUUUUAUAUAACAUUAGUCACUUCCUCUCCAUUGGGUCCAACAUAUUUGUUCGGCGCUUAAAAAAAUUCAUGUAACAACCAUAUAUCGCAAGUAAUGUUGAAUAAGUCUGUUCACAAAACAGAACAAAAUGCUGUAUUGAUUUUUAUUUUAGUUGUAUAGUUUUGUAAUUUCAAGUCAAUUGUUGAUAACAAAUGUUUAAUAAUUUUGUAAAUAUAAAUAUUAAUGAAUUGUUAUUUUUGUAGUAACAAUGUCCCUCCUAUUUAUGUUUAACAUUGUAUAUUUAAAAUAAAAAAGUUUGUACUGUAGAAAGGUUAAGAGGACUUCGGAGAAAUUCAUAUUACAUGUCAGUAGAUUUGACAGGAUUCCUCUUCACUAUGCCACGAUGUGCCAUUGAGAUUCAAUUCUUGGGACAUGAUAAAUAUAUUGUCUUAUGUAUACUUUGGACAAAAUGAAAUAAUAUGUGAUAUAAAUGGCAAAUUCUUGAAGAGCAAAUGUAGUUCAUGUAAUUAAAAAUGUACAACUGUAGGCUCAAAAAUGGCUUUAUGUAUGGUUAUUUUUAUAUGACAAAUUUUAAUUGAAACCAUUCUGUUUUUAAUACCCUGUGUAACAAAAUGGAAAACUAUUACCCUGGUUAAGUUUAACAUCUGGUAAAUGAAUAAAUGAAGAUAAUUUAUAUUUUAUAUUUUAGAUAUCUGCUGGUGUAUGAUUUGGGUGUACAGUUUGUAAAAAUAUGUUAUAGAUUGUUUUUUAUAAGUAUUAUGUACCCAAAAUGAGUUUGACAUUCCUCACUUUUAAGACCAUCUUUCUUCAAAGAUAAUGGGCAGUCAUGCUGUGGCCUUUCAUAUGUAAUUUGGUUAGACAAUGUCCAAAACGUUAUUAAUAUAUUUACUGUCACAUAUUUAAAUGCUAGUUUAAUCUUAUGGGCCAAACAUCCAAGACAAGUAUUUUUAGUUAGAGAAACAAGUGCUCUUGUUGAAUAUGUGUAACAGAAAGUAUGUAUUUUGUCCUCAAAGUUUGUACUGUUAUCUGCAAAGGAUUUGUGGCAGUCCAGUGAUGCAUGUUGGGGGAAACAUUUCAAGCAAUUUUGGGAGAACAUGUGCUGUUAUGAUACUUUCUCAAACAGCAGUAGUUUAAUGACGGGAAGGAUAUUAUAAUAGUCUGUUUUAUCCUAGCAGGCUGGCUGGCCUCUGGGGAAGGAUCAAACCCUGGACCCCUUGAAUAUAAAGUAGGAGUUAUAACCACUGAACUAUGUUCAGUUUAUUAGUGAACAUGCCAAAAGCAGGAUAUUAAAAUACGAACAGAACGAAAGGGGUAUCAAAUUAAAAGUUGGGUGGUGAGUGUAUUAUGAAAUUUACCCAGAUUGGACCAUACUAACAUGAUUUAGCAGUGUCUCACACAUUUUCAUAAGUUUUGGGAUUAAAUGAGCAUUUCUGGUCCAUUAAUGCAUUUUACUACCAAAUUGCAGGACUGAUACAUCUCUUUAUACAUGACUGUGACUGUGCCAGUAAUUUUAAUGUGACAAUUGAAUAAAUACAAAUAUAAUACUAAA